AAAAAAUUAUAUAGAUAGACAGAUGACGUCUGACUAUGUCAAAUUUUCGGGAGUGAAAUAGAAAUUGUUUUCUUUUGAAUUUCGUCUACGUAUCAUUCCAAAGCGUAAACAAUAAAUUGUAAUAACUUUAAACUUUUUAAUUAUAUUACUGGUAUUUGCAACUGAUAGGGAAGAAAAAUAUAUAUAAUAAAUUAGUUGCUAACCCCUGAGACUUGUGAUGGUGAAUCAUCACUCCAAAUAAAUAGUUGAAUAUUUGUCUGUUCGGCUACAUUCAAAUUGUAAGAAGCACACACUCUAAGUUAUGAUGGAGUGGUUAUUUGGUCACAAGAUGACUCCAGAUGAGAUGCUGCGCAAGAAUCAGCGAGCUCUCAACAAGGCCAUGAGAGACCUGGACCGUGAACGAAUGAAAAUGGAACAGCAAGAGAAGAAGGUCAUUGCUGACAUUAAAAAGCUAGCUAAAGAAGGACAAAUGGAUGCUGUUAAAAUCAUGGCAAAAGACUUAGUACGUACCAGACGAUAUGUCCGCAAGUUCAUGUUAAUGAAAGCGAACAUCCAAGCGGUGUCACUGAAGAUACAAACUCUCAAGUCUCAGAGCACCAUGGCGCAGGCGAUGAAGGGAGUCACUCGUGCCAUGGCUACUAUGAAUAGACAACUAAACAUGCCACAGAUACAAAAGAUAUUACAGGAGUUUGAAAAGCAGUCUGAAAUUAUGGAUAUGAAGGAGGAGAUGAUGAAUGACUCCAUCGAUGAAGCGAUGGAGGGAGACGAUGAUGAAGAAGAAAGUGACGCCGUCGUGUCACAGAUCUUGGACGAGCUGGGCCUGCAGCUGAACGACACGCUGUCCGGGCUACCUCAGGCCACUGGAUCCCUCUCUGUUGCCGCGAAGACCCCGGCGUCCCCGACGGCGGUGGCGGGCGGCGCCGGAGCCCCCGUGUCGGACGCGGACGCCGAGCUGCAGGCCCGCCUCGACAACCUGCGCCGGGAGUAGCGCCCACCACCUCCCAAUACAACACGACAAACGUUACGUCUCAAGCUUCUGUUUUGAAGUCUGCUUUGAUACAUUAACUCUAUGAAAAGUUAGAAAUAGUUUUACACAAGAUUCGUCCUGAUCACAGGAGUGUACUCGCUUAAAUAAAACCGUACUGUUCAAGUUGCUAAUGUGCUUAGGCUCAGAAGCAAAUUUGAGCCCCGUUCGUGGCGGUAUCGCCGUGGCCGGGGGAUCGCGGGGUUCGUGGGGGGCUGGGGACCGGGGGUCGUGGAGAGCUGCCUCGCAGGACACCUUGUAGAACGACCCUUAACUCCUCGUAUGCAAUUCAGAGUUAACCUGCUGUAUAAAAGCCGCACCAUCUCCCGGACGCGGUAUAAGUUAGACGGACUAUUUCUUAUGCCUCAGACAGACGAUUUAACUAUAUAUUUAGUUUACUAGAGAUUUUUUUCAUGAUUCGCAACAAGGCUGCCUCAAGGACAAAUAUUCAUUUAGUUCAGUUCAUGAACAUCAAACAAUUUCUAACACCCUGUAUAUACAGGGCUACCAUAUUAUUAUGUACAAGCGACCCGCCCUCGCUUCGCUUCGGAAACUGCAAUUUAUUAUUGAUUUCUCCACUAUUUAAUGGAUGUUAUUAUACAUAUAAACCUUCCUCUUCAAUCACUCUAUCUAUUAAAAAAUACCGCAUCAAAAUCCGUUGCGUGGUUUUCCAAAUUUAAGAAUAUAUAAGGAUAUAGGGACAGAGAAAGCGACUUUGUUUUAUACUAUGUAGUGAUGGUAGAUUUUCAAAAAUGUUAAAAUAUGGUUUUAAAUAAAUCAGAGUAGUUGUCGACGCACGGACGAUACAGCGCGUUUUGUGAUAAUAAUUAUGAAUGCUAAAAUGAAAUAUUAACGUUGAGUGUUCAUAGUGCAAAUUGUCACUAAACAGAUGAAGGAGUCAUUGAAAGAAGUGUUCAAUGUAAUGCAAACUUUAUUUUUAAUUCGAUACGACAGAAGAGUUAUUUUAUUAACACACUAAAUUAAAUUUGAAAUACACAAAUGUAUUGUAAAAUGGAACAUAGAAUUGGAAAUAUAUGAUACUGGUGGUAGGACCUCUUGUGAGUCCGCGCGGGUAGGUACCACCACCCCGCCUAUUUCUGCUGUGAAGCAGUAAUGCGUUUCGGUUCGAAGGGUGGGGUAGCCGCUGUAACUAUACUGAGACCUUAGAACUUAUAUCUCGAGGUGGGUGGCGCAUUUACGUUGUAGAUGUCUAUGGGCUCCAGUAACCACUUUAACACCAGGUGGGCCGUGUAAAAAAAAAGGGUUAUUUUAUUAACACACUAAAAUAGAACAUCGAAUUGGAAAUAGAUGACAAUAUACAUUUUUAUGUGUCAAUAACAAAAUGAAAAUCGUUUUAAUACAGAGCAUACGAAUGGAGUAGUAACAGGGUUAACCCUGUUAGUGCUGAGCUUAAUUUCACAUAUUUUGCAGAAAUUGUUGAAUUGGAUUUUUAAAAAAGUAUUUACUUUAUAAAAAACAAAAAAAAAUAAUUACAAAAAUCAGUCCUAAAUUCACAGCAAAAUAAUUUUAAAUGUUUAUUUAUAAAUGUUAUUAACUUACCAAAAACGUUAUACAUACGUAUGCGCGCUAAGACACAUCCAUACAUGUCGAUACUUGUAAUCAAACUGUGCAAUAGUCGGUAUUCCGACGCUCCGCACUUUAUACGCUUUAGCAGAGUCGAUCUAUCGACGGUUUGCGCUCUAAGGCUUAAAAAACAAAUGUGGGAAGAUUUAACUUACAACAUUUUAAAAUAACAAAAUCACAUUAUGUCAAUCAAUCAACUUUUAUUGUAAAACUAACGUUUUUUUAAUCUGUGCACAAAAAAAUUGAAUACUGCUAAUAUGUAUGUAUGUAAAGGUAAUAAUUAAAUAAUAAAAACUAGAAAUAAAAAUAGUCCCUGGUCAGGAACGAAGAAGCCGUGGUGUUGUGCAGACGCGACGGCACUUAGGGCUGCGACUGACUUCUUUAUUACAAAGCGUCUCAUUGUUUUUUAUUUUAGUUUUUUAUAUCGACAUAUUUAGUAAUACUUUUGAUUUGGUUAUUUACAACCGAAAAAACUUCUACUUAUACCUCAUGAAACAAGAUGUGCACUUUUCUUUUAUAAAGCAGCUUAUUCCCAUUCGGAAUUGAAACAUACAUAUGAGUAGACUAUUAUCAAAGCCGGCAAUGUGACUUUUGGACAAUUAUUGGUAAAUCAGAAAAACGAAUUAUUGACUUUGUAUUCCAUUGGCAGCCACAAAACUCUUCUGAACGACAUCUUAGAUAAAUAACAGGUUAAGUAUUAACCUUUAUUUAAUGCAGGUUUUGAACCGUAUUCUUUGAAGGAGACGAUUAUAUUCAAAUCAAUCUGUAUUGACAUAUCAAUAACAUUUUUUUGUCCAAAUGCACAGAUUGCCACCUUUGAUAAUAGACGAUUCAUAUAUCCCUUAACGCAUCGCACAUGUGGCCAAGCUCUUGCUAAAUAACACACUACCCAUUACCUAGAUUUCCACAUGUGUCCAAUGUGAAUUACAUCAAUGGAGAGAUUAUUUUGUGCCGUUGAUUUUUGGAAAUUCAUCGGCAAAUUUCAAGAUCUAUUUGCGGAGUACCUCGUGGAUUUGGUAGGGUUGUCACUUCAAUCGAAGCUCAUUGUGAGUGCAUUUCCCUGGAACUUUGGUCGUUUUUCUUUGACUGAACUGGGAGGAAAUGGGUGUGUGGAGGCUUAAACGACAAAGGGAACAUCUUCCACCGAGCGGGUGAUAUUGCUCGGUAGACCGACGGUCCGAAUGUUGUUGUUCGGAACUUGUAUAUAAGUAUGCGAGCUUAUCUUGAAAAUGUCGUAAGCGAGAUUCUGGCAUCUGUCAAAUAUCUCGCGUUGUAUGAUGGCUACCCGCCACAGGUGGUUUUGUGCGGUGUUGUAAGUGAGGGGAUGUAACCACACUAGCGCGGGCCGCACUCGUCGUCUGUGUGUUACGUGACGUAGUUGAUUUACUAUACGUCAACGAAUGUAAACUUUACUGGUAAUUUAUGAAUUCUAUUUUCUGUCUCAGAGGUUUAUAUGAUAAAAAGUAAUGUGAAUUAAGCCUUUUAAUUUUUUGCCUUUCUAAAAAUUUUUUGUAAAAUGUUGUAGAUAGCUUAGUUCUGUUCUUGUUGUAGAUAGCGGUAGGCAGCGGCUUGGCUCUGCCCCUGGCAUUGCUGAAGUCCAUGGGCAACGGUAACCACUCACCAUCAGGUGGGCCGUAUGCUCGUCUGCCUACAAGGGCAAUAAAAAAAUAAAAAAAAGUUCUGAAACUUAUAGAGUCAAGAAAAUAUUGCAGUCUUAUGUACCUAAUACAAUAUAUGUAUAAUAAAAUAAGUAUGUAAUAUUAAUAUAAUAAUAUUAUUGUGUUCUCGAGUCACUGGCGGCGAUGUUCGUGAUGUAUUUGUUUAAAUACGCCUUCGAUGUUUGUACACAUUGUUAAUUAUUACAUUGUAAUAUAAUAAGUUUACGAUAAUAAAGUAUAUUUUAUUUAAAAAAAUAAA